UUUGUCAAGCCCUGUUGUACACAUUUACCACAAAUAAAUUCCUUUUUUUUUUUUCUUAUUCUAAGUCAAUAGUACUUUUCAACCAACCUGCGGGGAUGGGCGGCACAAGCCAUAAGUCGCCGGCAGACGGGAUGGCGUCGCCCACAUACAGCACGGCGGUGUUAAUUGGCAACUGGGCUGAGCGUCGCUACGCUGUCCAGGAGCAGAGCAACGCCAUCCUGCCGGGACUCCGGGUGAGUGGCUGCGAGAACCAUCGGUCGCUCUGCCAAGACACGUACACGGCAGCUCCAUUUGCACGGGCCGAGGCGGUCCCCAUUUUCGUGGAGCAACGCAAGUUGUCUUACCAGAACUUUAUUCGAAACAUGCGAUCUUGCCUAAACCUUGUGGACAAUGAGUUACUGAAGCGAAACUUCACCACCACCAACACGCUGGAGUUCCAGGAACUUCCGCGACUGCGUCUCUUGCACUCGUGUAGGGAGAGUAGUUCGAGUGGUCCUCCAAAGCAACCGGCGGAGGUGGACCGACUGCAGGCCUUCGGAAACCUUACCAAGACGUACAACUAUUCUGCUCGGUUCAAGUGCGAGAAGUUGCUUGACGAACUCAGCAACAUGCAAACCACCUACUCCGCCAGCUUCAACCGCCCGUGGAAGAGUGAGCCCAUCUUCGAGUACGGUCCAGACUACGACGGAGUUGUCAAGUUCGAUUUGACCUGCUAGCAAUCGAGGCGAAAAAAUACUCCUUAGGUGGGAUAAAACGACUGUGACUAUGGAUCGGCGAAGUGCUUCUCUGUCGCUGGUUCUUUGCCACAUCCUAAACCAAAAAUUUAAACGUGCUACAAAAGAAACUAAACUCUUAUAUUACAAGAUUCAAUUUAUUUUAAA